AUGAACUCUCGAAUUUAUCGUCAAUCCGCACAAUUUUUAAAUACCAUCAAUCGUCGUCUUUAUUAUAAUACUAGCAAUACUUUAACGUCAUAUAGCAAAUUAUGUAAAUUUGUUAAUUUCUACAAUAAACCAAAUGAUAAGCAACUUUAUCUAAUUCGUAAUUUUUCCAAUUCUCUUCCAUUUUAUUUCACGAUAACUUCGUUUCGUUUAUUGCAACCGCUCGGAAGACCACGACGAGACGAAGAAAUCGACAGCCCGUUUGUAAGUUUUGUAAACGCGGAGGGAAAAAUGGAAGGUAUUCUAGACACUAAAGAACUCUUAUCAACAAUCGACCGAGGAAAAUAUUGGCUCGUCGAAGUAUCACCGAAUGCAAACCCACCCGUCUGCAAACUCGUUGACAAAAAAGAAACAUUUGCCAAGCAAAAAACAUUAAAACAAAAAGCCAAGGUUUUAUUACAUUCCGGACACUUGAAAGAGGUGCGGUUGAGCUGGAGUGUCUCAGAUAAUGAUUUCUCGCGGAAAAUUUCGAAGGCUAAAGAAUUUCUUCAAAAAGGAUACAAUCUGAGGAUUAUUGUAAAGACGAGGAAAGGUGGGAAUCGACCAUCACCUCAAGACGAAAUAUCGAUGCAUAAGCGAAUUGUUGAUGAGCUUACGGAAUAUGCAAAGGAAGUUAAAAAGCCUGAUUUUGGAAAAGGGACAUUGACUAUUGAUAUUACCGGAAAAGGACUAUUUUUGGUGGAUACAAAAGAAAGCGAAUCAAAUGAUACAGAAAAAUGA